AUGGCUGAAGCUGUUCCGCAUCCCCGUCGCAAUGCCUUCGCGGCUCGCGCUGUGACUCGCGCUGCCUCUUGCCCUACGAAUGAGGAUCCCUCUCCUCCCAUAGAGCUUGUUGCUCUGGAACCUGAAGACCCUCGUGAGCGCCGCCGUCUUGCCCUCGCCAAAAUUGAUGACGCACCUUUCAGCUGGUCUCAUCUCCGUACGAUCAUCAUCGCCGGAGUCGGAUUCUUCACUGACUCAUACGAUAUCUUCGCUAUCAACCUCGCUGUCAGCAUGCUCGGUGUUGUCUACUGGCAGGGUGCGAGCAGUGGACCUGGUAAGAUUCCCUCCAGCGCUGAUACUGCUAUCAAAGUCGCAACAUCUGGCGGCACUGUGAUCGGACAACUAUUCUUCGGUUGGCUUGCGGACCGCAUUGGUCGUCGACGCAUGUAUGGCGUUGAGCUCAUGAUCAUUAUCCUGGCUGUUCUUGCUCAGGCUUUAGCAUCUUCCUCCCGCGCUCUUUCUAUCACGGGUCUUCUUGUCUUCUGGAGAGUCAUCAUGGGUCUUGGAAUCGGUGGUGACUACCCUCUAUCCUCGGUCAUUACAUCUGAGUUUGCUACCACCAAGUGGCGUGGUGCCAUGAUGGCUGCUGUCUUUGCUAUGCAGGGCUUUGGUCAACUUGCCGCUGCAGUUGUUGCCCUCAUUGUUACGGCGGGUUUCAAGGAGUCUCUAGAAAGCGCCAAGGAUGUCGCCCACUGUACCGGUAUGUGUCAACUGGCCGUUGACAAGAUGUGGCGUGUCGUUAUCGGAUUCGGGGCUGUUCCGGCCUGCUUUGCGUUGUACUAUCGUCUUACCAUCCCUGAGACUCCCCGGUUCACCUUUGAUGUCGCCCGCGAUCUCGUCAAAGCUGACGAAAGCGUCCGUGUGUACCUGAAGGGUCUGGGUGAAGCGCAUCCAGAAGAAGUUCAACAUCUCACAUACUCGCAGCAUGGGAGCACUGAGUUUUAUCCCAAGGCCAGCUGGUCCGAUUUCUACCGCCAUUAUUCUCAGUGGAAGCAUGGUAAAGUUCUGCUUGGCACAGCUGCUUCCUGGUUCUUCCUUGACGUUGCUUUUUACGGCCUUGGCCUCAACAACUCAGUUAUCCUCGCAGCAAUUGGAUGGACUGGAGGUAACAAUGUGUACCAAGUAUUCUAUCGCAACGCAGUCGGAAAUCUGAUUUUGAUCUGUGCUGGCGCAAUCCCAGGAUACUGGGUCACCGUUGCAACUGUCGAUACCAUCGGUCGCAAGCCCAUUCAACUCCUUGGAUUCGCCAUUCUGACUAUUCUUUUUGUCGCAAUCGGCUUUGGUUACGAGAGUUUAAAGCAUACUCACAAUGGCUUGCUGGCUCUUUACGUCUUGGCGCAAUUCUUUUUCAACUUCGGACCAAACGCAACCACUUUCAUUGUUCCUGGCGAAUGCUUCCCUACUCGUUACCGAUCUACUUCACAUGGAAUCAGUGCUGCCGCUGGCAAGAUUGGCGCGAUCAUUGCGCAGUGCGUGUUCGGUCCUCUUGUUCAUCGGGGUGCCAAAAAGGCUGGAGAUUCGCCCUGGCUCAACCAUGUGAUGCAAAUCUUUUCCUUGUUCAUGCUCUGUGGCUUCUUGACGUCCUUGUUGAUUCCAGAAACAAAGCGUCAGAGUCUUGAGGUUCUUGCCGGCGAGUACGAUCCUGCUCCCCGUAUCCACGACCGGCCCUACACUACCACCGAGGGAGGGCGAAUCAAGGCCCAGGAGGCGGCAGUGGGGGCUGUGACAGUGUAA